AAAUGUUGUCAGUGGGGGGUUUGUCAAUUUUGGUGCUGUCAUUGGUGGUGGCAGAGGACGCUCCCCUCGUGUCAACCGAGGAGGGCUGGAUCUCCGGGGUACGUCAGACGAGCACAAAGGGCAGGGAACUGUAUGCUUACCACAGCAUCCCAUUUGCCCAGCCUCCUCUCAACCACCUCAGGCUCAAGGACCCAGUACCAGCAGAGUCAUGGGUGGGUGUUAAAGAUGGAUCGAAGAUGCCCCAACCAUGUCUUCAGGUACCCUUAAGAGCUGCAACCCUUGGACAAAGACUGUCUCCUGAGAAUUUCCUUGGCUCUGAGGACUGCCUUUACCUCAACGUUUAUACUCCUGCGGAUAAGAGCCCCGAAUCCGAGCUGCCAGUGAUGGUAUACAUCCAUGGCGGAGCUUUCUUCGGUGGGGCAGCUAAUCACUACUCCCCAUCAGCUCUCCUUAACCAUGAUGUUGUACUGGUGAUAAUCCAGUACAGGCUAGGUGUUAUGGGUUUCCUCUCAACUGAGGACUCAGUGAUCCCUGGUAACUUCGGAUUAAAGGAUCAAACGCUGGCGCUGCAGUGGGUGCAACGGAACAUCAACAAUUUCGGAGGAGACAAGACCAAGGUCACUAUCUUCGGAGAGAGCGCCGGUGGUGUCUCCGUCAGCUUACAGAUGCUCGCACCCAAGGCCAAAGGACUGUUCUCCCGGGUCAUCAUGCAAUCUGGGACUGCUCUUGCAUGGUGGGGAACCGAUUUUAACCACAGAGAGAAAGCCGAGAAGAUAGGCCAGGCCUUUGGGUGUCCGGUUACUUCAGACAGUCAAAUACUCCUCGAGUGUCUUCAGAAGGUUGACGGACGCAGUCUGGGUGCUAAGGUGCAAGACUUCUUUGUACGGGUGCCACAUGAAGAUGAGUUGCUGUACCUGUUCCAAGCGGAAGAAUUGCUCGGUCCUUCAAAGUAUCUACAGCAGCUUAGAACACCAGAGGACCUAGAAAUGAGAGAUAUUAUGUCCAAACUCUGGACCAACUUCGCCACUACAGGAAACCCAACUCCUGACGACUCUCUCGGGUUCACCUGGGAGCCGAGCACCGAAGACAACCUCCACUACCUGGCUCUCAACCUCAAACCUACCAUGGAGGCAGAUCGACGGCAAGAGGUGAGGAAGUUCUUUGCGUCUCUUCCUUUAAAGAUGAACAACAUCUUGUAUCCAGACAGAGUCUUGCAGGAUCACACCCUCCAACAAGAGAAUUCCAGACGUACAAUGCGAAAUGAACUCUAAAACAAUAACAGAUACUGUAUUCACUAUCACAGAAUUGUUCGGAUUGUGUUCAUGUAUUCUAAAGUUCAUCUAAAAGUUCACUAAGAAACAAGGGAACAUUAUAGGAAGAAGUAACCCAGAUGUUAACAUUUCAUGUGAAGAGUAAAUACUCCAGCAAUCCUGGCACUUAACACACUACGGCCUUCCCUUCAAACUGUGUCACUACUACAUCCUUCCCUUCAAACUGUGUCACUACUACAUCCUUCCCUUCAAACUGUGUCACUACUACUACAUUCUUCCCUUCAAACUGUGUCACUACUACAUCCUUCCCUUCAAACUGUG